GCUCAGCCACUGCCCGCCGGCCCUUCCGCCUCACUCAGCGGCGCCGCAGAGCAGGACGGGUGUGGGCCAUGGAGCGGUCGGCGGGCAAGGAGCUCGCCCUGGCGCCGUUGCAGGACUGGGGUGAGGAGACCGAGGACGGCGCGGUGUACAGUGUCUCCCUGCGCAGGCAGCGCAGUCAGCGCCGGAGCCCGGGGGAGGGUCCUGGGGGCAGCCAGACCCCCACUCCCGCUGCCGAUACCUUCCUCCACUACCGCACCAGCAAGGUGCGGGCGCUGAGGGCCGCUCGGCUGGAGAGGCUGGUGAGCGAGCUGGUGUCAGGAGACCGCGAGCAGGACCCAGGCUUUGUGCCUGCUUUCCUGGCCACCCACAGGGCCUUUGUGCCCACUGCCCGAGUGCUGGAAUAUCUGUUGCCACCACCGCCGCCCCCGCCCCCACCUUCCAGGGUAGAGAACAAGAAGACGGAAGGACAAGAUCUGAGCUUCAAUAAGAACUUGAGGGCUGUGGUAUCUGUGCUGGGCUCCUGGCUUCGGGACCACCCUCAGGAUUUCUGUGACCCUCCUACCCACCCAGACCUGGGCAGUGUCCGACUUUUUCUGGGCUGGGCAGCCCCAGGGAGUGCUGAGGCCCGGGAAGCAGAGAAGCUUCUGGAGGAUUUCUCAGAGGAGCCUGAGGGAAAGCAACAAGAAGAGGAGCUGCUUGUGACUUGGGCAGGACCUCCCAGGGCCCAGUCCCCCAGACCAGACUCUCCGGAGGGCUUCAUGGAAGAGGAGGAAGGGCCGAGGCGGGAAGGUCCCGAGCUCCUGGACUUCAGUGUGGGCGAGGUGGCCGAGCAGCUGACCCUUAUGGAUGUGGAGCUCUUUUCACGGGUGCGUUCCUGCGAGUGCCUGGGCUCGGUGUGGUCGCAGCGGGACCGCCCCGGGGCCUCAGGCGUUGCCCCCACUGUGCGUGCCACUGUGGCCCAGUUCAAUGCAGUGACCGGCUGUGUGCUGGGCUCUGUGCUCGGGGCGCCGGGACUGGCAGCCGCGCAGAGAGCCCAGCGGAUCGAGAAGUGGAUCCGCAUAGCCCAGUGCUGCCGAGAACUGCGGAACUUCUCUUCUUUGCGAGCCAUCCUGUCUGCCCUGCAGUCUAACCCCAUCUAUAGGCUCAAGCGCAGCUGGGGGGCUGUGAGCCGGGAACCGUUAUCCACUUUCAGGAAACUUUCACAGAUUUUCUCGGAUGAAAACAACCACCUCAGUAGCAGAGAGAUUCUUUCCCAGGAGGAGGCCACUGAGGGAACCCAACAAGAGGACAACCCUCCAGGAAGCCUACCUUCAAAACUGCCCCCAGGUCCUGUUCCCUACCUUGGCACCUUUCUCACGGACCUGGUUAUGCUGGACACAGCUCUGCCGGACAUGUUGGAGGGGGAUCUGAUCAACUUUGAGAAGAGGAGGAAGGAAUGGGAGAUCCUGGCCCGCAUCCAGCAGCUGCAGAGGCGCUGUCGGAGCUACAGCCUCAGCCCCCACCCACCUGUCCUGGCUGCCCUGCGUGCCCAGCGCCAGCUCAGCGAGGAGCAGAGCUACCGAGUCUCCCGGGUCAUCGAGCCACCAGCCGCGUCCUGUCCCACUUCCCCGCGUGUCCAGAGACGCAUCAGCCUCACUAAACGUCUUAGUGCGAAGCUGUCCCGAGAGAAAAACUCGUCCUCUGGUAGCAGUCCUGGAGACCCCUCAUCGCCCACCUCCAGUCUGUCUCCAGGGUCCCCCCCAUCCAGCCCUAGAUCUGAGGACCGUCAUCUUGGACCCCCUGCUUCUCCAGGGCCCCAGGGCCCCAGCAGCAAGCUGCCCCUGGGCCCGGACCUGUCCCUGACCAGUCCUCGCAUCCCCCUCCCUGGGCAGCAGAGCUCGGAGGCCCGUGUGAUUCGCAUCAGCAUUGACAACAACCAUGGGAACCUCUAUCGGAGCAUCCUGCUUACUAGUCAGGACAAAACCCCCAGUGUCGUGCAGCGAGCCCUACAGAAGCACAAUGUGUCCCAGCCCUGGGCCCGUGACUACCAGCUCUUCCAAGUCCUUCCUGGGGACAGGGAGCUCCUGAUUCCUGACAAUGCCAACGUCUUCUACGCAAUGAGUCCAGCUGUCCCUGGGGACUUCGUGCUACGGCAGAAGGAGGGGACCCGGCACACACCUUCUGCCUCCACAAGCUGAGGUGGCACUCUCCUCCCUCCAGGUCACAGGCCCCUUGGGCAACUUGGGACCUGGCUUCUACAGCCAUGGGGGCCGGGAACCCCUCUCCUGGAAAGCCUCUGUCCCCUAGUAGGGCUCUGUAUUUUCUGGUAACCCCGCCUCAACUUCAGCCCAUCAGCCCCUGGCCCUCUGACCUCUGAGUCCUGGACCCUCAUUCCCGUGAUGUUAGCAUGCAGGGUGGCCACGAUGGUGACAAAAAGGCAGAGAAAACCGAGAACCCUGAGAAAGGCACUGAUAGUUACUGUGGAUGCCAGAGUGGACCCUGCUGCACAUGGAGGGAGGGUGUAGGGGCACUCCCCGACUUUUGGAGGGCAAUGUCUUUCCUGAUGUGUAUAUAGGAGAGUGAAGAUUUGAAAUUGCAUCAGAAACAGAAAGAAAUCACCCUAUCAGAAGUCAAUAAGGGCCGUGAAGACAGAAAAAGCACGUGAGCUCUCACUGCCCGUAGGAAGAAGAAACCGGUGGAGAAAGCAGACCAGGAGCCGAGCGGCCACUGCAAAGUAGUGAUAACGAUUCGUAGUAAUAAAAAUAUUAACAUGCCCACCACGGGCUUCUAGUCUGAGCUGGACAUCCACUAAGCGCUUUAUAUCUCACUGUAUUAAUCAGAGUUUUUUUGCUUUAAGUAGUUGAAAUCCUAUUCAAAUAGGUAUGUACCAAAAAGAAAAUUGAUAGCUCAUGUAAUUGAGAAGGCAACUGGGUCUGGCUUCAGGCACAGUUGGAUCCAGGGACUCAAAAGAUAUCAGAAUUUUAUUGCUGUGUGUUGGCUGUGGUUUUCUCUGAGAAUGAGACUGUUAUCCCCCAAAAUCCAAUUACCCUUUUCUAUAGUAAUAGAGUCACUGACUUUUUAGCUAGCCAUUCUAGUUAAAGCUGCAUUUCCUAAAUCCCUGCAUCAAGUGUGGCCAUAUAAGAUAUAAAAGGAAAGAAGAAGGGGUAUAUAUCUCCCUCUCCCUCCUUUUUCUGCUGGUUGGAAUGAAGAUGUGGAGUGGAUCAUCUUGGAUUGAGUGGCCCAUGUCCUCUGAAUGACUGAGCAACAAGCUGGAAGGAGCCUGGGUCUCUGCGACCUUGGAGCUGCCAUUUUAGGAUGCUGCCACUGGACUGUCACAUAGGAGAGAAAUAAAUUUCUAUCUUUCUUAA